AUGACGGAGGUGGAGCCUGUGCUGGACUUCGCGUCCUCCGGGAGGACCGGCCGUCGCAACGCCCUGCCCGACAUCCUGGGCUCGCCGGCUGGCGUCAGCCCCUCCGACCUGCCCCUCAAGCUCGCUGAGAUGUCCCUCAACGCAGGUAGGUCCCAGGAAAUGCAGUCGCCGUCCACGGAGGUGCCCCCUCCGCAGCCCCAAAGCCCAGAGCUGAAGGACACAUCCUAA